GUGCGAACGGCGGUUGGUUUGACGCGGCCCAGAAAUACGAGGUCUGGGGAGAGGGUCCCUUCCCUAGUGGUCUAUGUCCCUUGCUCGGGGUCAUGGAGACACAGCGGCCACCACGGCAGCGCCUCUGUCUGAAGAAGGGGAAGUGACCUCCGGCCUCCAGGCUCUGGCGGUGGAGGAUACCGGAGGCCCCUCUGCCUCGGCCAGUAAGGCCGAGGAAGAGGGGGAAGGAGGCCAGGAGGAGACCGAGCAAGAGGGGUCCGGGGCCGAGGAGGCGCAGGGAGAAGUCCCCAGCGCUGGGGGGGAAGAGCAUGCCGUGGGAGAAUCCGAAGACUGGUGCGUGCCCUGCAGCGAUGAGGAGGUGGAGCCGCCGGCCGCUGGGCAGUCCUGGAUGCCUCCGCCCUCGGAAAUCCAGCGGCUCUAUGAACUGCUGGCUGCUCACGGAACGCUGGAGCUUCAGGCUGAGAUCCUGCCCCGCCGGCCGCCCACGCCCGAGGCCCAAAGCGAAGAGGAGAGAUCCGAUGAGGAGCCGGAAGCCAAAGAAGAGGAAGAGGAAAAACCACACAUGCCCACAGAAUUUGACUUUGAUGAUGAGCCAAUGACACCAAAGGACUCCCUGAUUGACCGGAGACGUACCCCAGGAAGCUCAGCCCGGAGCCAGAAACGGGAGGCCCGUCUGGACAAGGUCCUCUCAGACAUGAAGCGACAUAAGAAGCUGGAGGAACAGAUCCUUCGUACCGGGAGGGACCUCUUCAGCCUGGACUCAGAGGAUCCCAACCCCACCAGCCCCCCACUCCGGUCCUCGGGGAGUAGCCUGUUCCCCCGGCAGCGGAAAUAUUGACUGCUGCUGCUGCUUCUAGGUGUACUGUUUGUACCUGCUGGGGCCUGGGCCCUCCUUUCCCAACAUAAAAUGCUGGGAAACUUGGGAAGAAGAGAGAAACCCCAAGUUCCCGGCACAGCACCAUGCGGGAAAGAGGGAGUAUGUGUGCGUGUGUUUGUUUUCUGUUGAACUUCUAAUCAGAGAGCUGGACUGAAUUUUCUGAGUGUAAAAUAAAAGAUGCAGAGUUAUCUUCUCUUAA